UUUAUCUUGAUCCGACGUGUGGAUUACGCUAAAUAGCGAGAAGUAUAAAGCGAAAUUUUUAUAUUUUGAUAGACCGCGGUCAAAGAAGCCGCGCGAGGCUGCUCGGAUGCGUUUUUAUCUCGGUGUGGAUGAUUCAAGUAUAAAUAUCCCGCAUGUAAUAAACAUCCACUGUUAUAAUGUCGACAAAGAGGUACAAAGCUGAAGAAGUCAGCGAAGACAGCAGCGCAGGUAGUGGCAGUGAUUUUGAUGACGAUGAGGAUCCAGAUAAAAUAGAAGUACCAGGUGGUGGGAAAGAUCUGGCAACAGCUGCAGGCAUUGGCGGGAUUAAAGAGGAGAAACCAUUGGUUCCAGCUCCUUUGCUCAAGGGACAUGGCGGAGUUAGCACAUUCGUGGAACCUUCACCGUUACUCAACCAAAAAUUUGCAAAUAAACUUCCGGGUGGUCUAGUGACAAAAACCAACGCUGCUCCGGGCUACGAGAUGCUUCGUGUCGGCGGGUCUCAGGGGACACCAGGCUUCCUGGGUGUCGGUGGAAUGGGGCCGGUUGGACAAAUGGCUGCUAAUAAUCCCUAUGCAUUUCCACCGAGCCUUGCUAGUUUAGCAGGUUACAAUCCCGCUGCCCUUUUUCAACAUAGUAAGUCACCCUCUGCAAUGGAAAUGAGCAACAUGAUGGGAAUGGGUAGUCUAAUGGGCCUUGGAUCUAUGGCUGGUCUAAACCCAUUCAUGCUGCAACAAUUCCUAAGCCAAAACGGAAUGCAUCCAAAUUGGUCCGGAGGAUUGUCAGGUAAAGCCGUGUCUCAAUUGUGGAUGAAUUCCGGUGAUCCGGGAAAAAUGAACAUGCAGCCGACAUUGCCAGAAGAAGAAGAAGUGGAUGACGAAGAUAUGGGUGUUGCAGAAACCUACGCAGACUAUAUGCCCACAAAAUUAAAACUAGGCCGAAAGCAUCCUGAUCCUGUUGUGGAAACCGCUUCAUUAUCUAGCGUGGAGCCGACAGAUGUGUGGUACAAAGUUGUCAUCCCUGAAGAGAUUAUUCGGUCCGGAGCCUUGUCCGCGUUGCAACUAGAAUCAAUAACAUAUGCAUCGCAGCAACACGAGCAUUUAUUACCAGAUGGUACAAGAGCUGGUUUUCUCAUAGGAGAUGGAGCUGGAGUAGGAAAAGGUCGAACAAUAGCUGGAAUAAUAUUUGAAAACUAUUUAAGAGGUAGAAAACGGGCGAUCUGGGUAUCUGUUUCUAAUGAUUUGAAAUACGAUGCUGAACGAGACUUGAAAGACAUAGGUGCAGGAAAAAUUGAAGUGCAUCCAUUGAAUAAAUUUAAAUAUGCGAAGAUAUCGUCAGCCGUAAAUUCAAACGUUAAGAAAGGUGUUAUAUUCAGUACUUAUUCAGCCCUCAUCGGCGAAUCUUCUCAAAGUGGGGGUAAAUACAAAAGCCGACUGAAGCAGCUAUUACAGUGGUGCGGCGAAGACUUUGAUGGGUUAAUUGUGUUCGACGAGUGUCACAGAGCGAAAAAUCUCUGCCCUACUGGUAGUUCAAAACCAACAAAAACUGGCCUGACGGUCCUAGAACUUCAAAACAAAUUGCCUAAGGCACGAGUUGUAUAUGCUUCCGCAACGGGGGCAUCCGAACCAAGGAAUAUGGCUUACAUGGUGAGAUGUGGUAUGUGGGGAGAAGGGACACCUUUUCCGGAGUUCACUGACUUCAUCGCUGCUGUAGAAAAAAGAGGUGUUGGCGCUAUGGAAAUUGUAGCUAUGGACAUGAAGUUGCGAGGAAUGUAUAUAGCCAGACAGCUCAGCUUUCACGGUGUGGCAUUCAAAAUUGAAGAAGUUCCUUUAUCCAAAGAAUUUACAAAAGUGUAUGACACAUCUGUGAAACUGUGGGUUGAAGCUAUGCAGAAAUUCCAAGAAGCUGCUGAACUUAUUGAUGCCGAAAACAGGAUGAAAAAAACAAUGUGGGGGCAAUUCUGGUCUUCGCAUCAAAGAUUUUUCAAGUAUCUUUGUAUAGCUGCUAAAGUUAAACAUGCGGUAGCAGUUGCUCGUGAAGCAGUGAAAUGUGGCAAAUGUGUCGUGAUAGGUCUACAAUCUACUGGAGAAGCCCGUACUUUAGAACAACUAGAGAGAGAUGAUGGUGAACUCAGUGACUUUGUUUCAACAGCAAAGGGGGUUCUUCAAACUUUGGUAGAAAAACACUUCCCAGCACCUGAUCGAAAUCGAAUACAUCGAUUACUUGGACUUGAGCCGCCAAAAUCCAGCAAAUCUCAUAAUGGAGACUUGGAUGAAGCAGGAGGUUCAACAGGGAAACGUAAACCAGUGCGACAAGCUGCACAGAGAGCAUCGAAGAAGGUCAAGACAUGGUCUACCGACGAUGAUGUGUCUGAGGAUGACAGAAAUGGCGGUGGCCGGAGUUCUGGAUCAGAGUUCAAACUCUCCGGAACUGAAAGUGAAGAAGACAAUCGUAGUGACGACGAAAGUAACGCUAGUUCUGACUUUAAUCCUUUCUACAGUGACAGUGAUUCUGAUGCAGAUCCAUGGGACAGGAGGAAAAAAAAGGGGAAGAAACAUAAAAAAUCACCGAAAAAACGUCUAAGUACGCAAGAUAAAAUUCAGUCGAUGCUUGCAAGUAAAACAUCACAUAACAAAAACAAACGGAACGGUGACAGUGGUAUGGGAAUGCCUGGAAUGGGCUUGCCAAUGUCGCAAGCUCCACCGCGUGAUGCUAUCGAGCGUGCCUGUUGCAUUAAAGAAGAAUUACUGGCCCAGAUCGAAUCUCUUGGUGACAAAUUACCUCCAAAUACACUAGAUCAACUUAUCGACGAAUUAGGCGGUCCUGAAAACGUUGCUGAAAUGACGGGUAGAAAAGGUCGAGUUGUUCAGACUGAGGAUGGUGCGAUUCAAUAUGAAUCUCGAUCGGAAGUAGAUGUUCCAUUAGAAACUUUGAAUUUAACAGAAAAACAAAGGUUUAUGGAUGGCGAAAAAACGGUAGCAAUCAUUUCCGAGGCCGCGAGCAGUGGUAUUUCCUUGCAAAGCGAUAGGCGGGCUAGAAAUCAAAUGCGAAGAGUACACAUUACUCUAGAACUGCCAUGGAGUGCCGACAGAGCUAUCCAACAAUUUGGAAGAACUCAUAGAUCCAAUCAAGUCAAUGCGCCAGAGUACAUUUUUCUGAUAUCCGACUUGGCUGGCGAACGAAGAUUUGCUUCAAUCGUAGCAAAACGUUUAGAAAGCUUGGGGGCUUUAACACACGGUGAUCGAAGAGCUACAGAAACAAGAGAUUUGUCACAGUUUAAUAUUGAUAACAAAUAUGGUAGGGCUGCAUUAGAAGCCACUAUGAAAACAAUAAUGGGUUAUGAAAGCCCGCUGGUUCCACCACCGCAAGAUUACAAAGGAGAAUUCUUCAAAGACGUCGCAGAUGCCCUGGUUGGGGUUGGACUAAUUUGUAAUAGUGAAAGCAUGCCAGGUGUCUUGACCUUAGACAAAGAUUACAACAAUAUGUCCAAAUUCCUCAACAGAAUUUUAGGCAUGCCCGUCGAUUUACAAAAUAGACUUUUUAAGUACUUCACCGACACGUUGAAUGCGAUAGUGACUCAGGCAAAGAAAACUGGCCGUUUUGAUAUGGGGAUUCUCGAUUUGGGUACAUCUGGUGAAAACGUUAAGAGAGUAAAAUUGUACCGAUUUUUACGAAAACACGCAACCGGCAUUGCGCCAACGGAGCUACACAUCGUUCACGUCGAGAGAGGGAUGAGCUGGGCAGAAGCUAUGGAUCGGUGGGAAUCACUAACAGGAUCCAAAGAAGGCUUUUACCUAAGUCAUCAGGUCAGAAACGGAAAGCAGACAGCUAUAUUGGCUGUGGCAGUCGAAAGUGGCAAGAAAAAAGGAGAAAAUAGAAAGGACCACCUUUACACAGUCUAUAGGCCUAAUACGGGUCUGCAGUUGCGACAAGAGACAUUGGGCGAAUUAGAGAAAAAGUACAAAAAGGUGGAAACUGAAGAAGCCGAACCACAUUGGACUCAGCAGUACGACGCGUCAGUAGACACGUGUUCUCAUGCGUACUGGCGAGGAAAUUGCAAAAAUACCACAUUGGGACUGGAUUGUGAAGUUGGAUUGCGUAGGCGAUCUUACAAUGUACUUGCAGGAUCGGUGCUGAGCGUGUGGAGUCGAGUUGAAAAUGUACUAGCUACAAGAUCUGGCCACAAUUCAAAGAUGCAGGUUGUGCGUUUGAGAACUGAUGAGAGCUUAAAAAUAGUGGGCACGUUAAUCCCAAAAUCUUGUAUGGAAGCAUUGCGUGAAGCUCUCUCAUCAGAUGCCGAAAAAACUGAGGAGCAAACAUUCUGAGCAGACGACCAUGUGAUUGGUAUGGAAGGACCAAAAAUAUGCACGCGUGUCAUGAGUGUUACUCUCCAUGCACUGGAUGCUGGAUUGAUGUCAUAACAAAUAAAUACGUCAUAUUUGCUAUUCCAUCAAGGUUAUGGAAAAAGAACUAUGUGUAGAUUCCUCACAGAAUCUAGCGGAAUGUGAAUUACAGAAUGGUAAUUUGCUCCGUAGUUGUUUCCACCACGAAUAGGAGGACGUAACUCUUUAGAUUCGAAAAUAAAUCUAAUAUCGCUGUGUGUGGAUACGUUUAGUGUAAUAGACGAUGUGGACGAUGGAUAUUUGUGACACUUUUUUUUUUCUUUUUCUUCUAGUUUCACACGUUCAGGAUUAGUCAGAAUCGAAUAAUCGGAAGAUAAUCCUUAUUUAUUACUAAGUUUUUACCAUGAUAAAAUAAAUUAAUUAUCAGAAUUAUUACUAUUAAUAUUAUUAUUACCAUCAUUUAAAGAUGAAAACGACUAAAUUUUAAGAAAUAUCGUAGGGUUAAAAGUGAAAUCGAGAAAAUGUAAACUUUUGCUAAACUUGAAAGGGAAGUUAGCUACCAAAAUUGUUUUUCUAUAUAGUUAACAUUAUUCGUCUUUUGUAUGUGUUGUUAGGGAAAACAAUUUUGGAAUCUUUUGUUCUGCUGUACCAUAACAAGCCACAAGAAUUUGGUGAUUUGCAACGAUGUCCAAAUAAUGGGUUCAUAAAAAUGUACCUAAUAAUUAGAUAACAAAGUUACUUAUUCACCAACAACUGAUAGCUUGUUUUUUCUUGCGCCUUGCUGUAGGCAAUAAUUUUGUGAAAGCAAGUCUACGGCGUUCUAUUUUACCUUGUUCCAGUAUAAAUUACGAAUGCAAUUCAAAUUUUACUCUCGCAGUUUUUAUUCUCUAGCAAAAGUGUACAAUGCGAUACAUCUUGUCUAAUAGUGUGACUGAAAAUGUGUUAAAUAUUGAAACAUAAGAGAAUAUGACUUUCAGUUUACUAGAUUCUUGUAGAUGCUGUAAUUAGGACA